UGAAUCAGCCAAGCGAAAGAAGAUUUAAAAAAAGAAACUGUUAAGGGAAUCAAAGACUCUCUAACUCGGACUUAUAAUGUCUAAUUGACCGCGUCGGGAACGUUGCGAAUAAAGAAACUGAACGAGAUUGAUGACAAAAAUGAUAAGAGAAUUAAAAAAUAAAAAUCAUGACGAAGCUUCUUUGUAGAAAUUUCGCACCAAUCUAAAGGCGAGUGAAAAAAAGAGGAUUAAAAGAGUACGACAAAAGAAGAAGAAGAAGAAGAAGAAGAAGAAAGUGGAGAAAAUGGAGAGCCGGAAGUGAGGCUAAGAUGCGAGAGCUCAACGAGUCCGCCUGUGCAGCGCUGUACGAGGGCGUUGAGUGGGCUGGACCAGGAAUCGUUGCGACGCUCGUCGUCCUUGCCGUUGUUAACGUUAUGGUAGUCCUGGGCAACGUUUUGGUCAUUCUGGCCGUUUACCACACGUCCAAAUUGAGAAACGUGACCAAUAUGUUUAUCGUCAGUCUCGCUGUUGCGGAUCUAAUGGUCGGCGUUGCGGUUCUGCCGUUUAGUGCCACUUGGGAAGUAUUUAAGGUUUGGAUUUUUGGUGACAUUUGGUGUUCCGUAUGGCUUGCCGUAGACGUGUGGAUGUGCACGGCCUCGAUUCUGAACUUGUGUGCCAUUAGUUUGGACCGAUACUUAGCUGUCACAAGGCCAGUGAGCUAUCCACAGAUCAUGUCACCAAAGAGAGCUCGACUUCUUGUGGCGACUGUCUGGGUCCUGAGCUUCGUGAUAUGUUUCCCUCCUCUCGUGGGCUGGAAAGACAAAGAGGUACACGCACCCCACAAUACAACCCUGUCGCAAAACGGACCCUUCAAUAUGACCACAAUUUUUAUUCCGGUCGCUCCCUGUCCCUGGAUAUGCGAACUCACCAAUGAUGCUGGGUACGUCGUGUACAGCGCACUCGGUUCCUUCUACAUCCCAAUGCUGGUUAUGCUCUUCUUUUACUGGAGAAUAUACAACGCUGCUGUGUCGACGACGAAGGCGAUCAAUCAAGGAUUUCGAACGACAAAGGGUUCGAAAAUGCUCGGCUCACGGUUCGACGAGCAGAGACUGACAUUGAGGAUCCACAGAGGUCGCGGAAGCCUCCAUAACGGCAGCAACAAUGGAAGUCCCAGGAGCCCGGAGUCAGGUCGGAGCUCUGUGAGGAAAGAAAAGAUCAAGAUAUCAGUGUCCUACCCAAGUACUGACACCCUCAACACUAAAUGCAACACCUUGGAACGCACGCCGUCAAGGUGUUCGCAGAUAUCGGUGCACUACAGCAACGGACAGACUCAAACGCAGCUGUGCCCGAGUCCCAGAGCCGCUCACCUCAAGGUGGGGGGUGUGAAUAGGGUAGGAAGUACCAAGCGACAGAGCCGACGGAGCAGCUGCGAGAGCCAAGUUACUGGCGACGAUGCAUCUCUUCGCGAACUAGCUCCUGGUGUUGACGAUAAACCCUGCAGAGUGCCGAAGAUGGGAAAGAGGAACAUAAAAGCUCAGGUGAAGAGGUUCCGAAUGGAGACAAAGGCCGCCAAGACCCUAGGCAUCAUCGUCGGUGGAUUCGUCCUCUGUUGGCUUCCAUUUUUCACAAUGUACCUGGUGCGAGCGUUCUGCCCGAACUGCAUACACCCUACGGUCUUCAGCGUCCUCUUCUGGCUUGGCUACUGCAACUCCGCCAUAAACCCCUGCAUAUACGCCUUGUUUAGCAAGGACUUCCGGUUCGCCUUCAAGAGGAUAAUAUGCAAGUGCUUCUGCAAACGGAGAGCCAACACUCUCAGACGUGGCAGUGACGGGAGCCAAUUAGCGACCCGAUGCGAUCGAAGUCCUAGCUAUUCGGCGAGGACGCCUCAUCACGGCGUCUCAAUUGAGGAUUCCGAUCCUGAUCCGGGUUCGGAUCACAACGCGCAUUCGCAAAGCGACUCCAGAUGACUGUAGCAAGUCAGGGCUGGCGCGCAAAGGGUGGCUUUCAAUCCAAGGACUUCUAGAGUAAUAAUUUCGUGAAAAUUUCGGUGCAACUGCAGAAGAGUCGAUAGGGCAACUCUUUGCGGGGCUAGAGAGCUGCCUUAAGUCUCGCGGUUCAACCUUAUUCAUAUUCGUAUUAAUUCGUUUCUUCUCUUUUAACUCCCUUCUUUUUGAGGCUUCUAAUUUUAAAUAUUGAUUGUUGAUUGGUUACGCGUUUUAAUUUUCCUGCCUGUCCAUACAGUUCGUAAGAAGUCCUUUUGGUCCAAUUUAAGUUACUUUUAUUUCGUUUCUUAGUUUCUUUUCUUUUAUUUCCUUUUACUGUAUAUUAUAUUUUUCCGAGAAAAGAUUUCAUGAAAAACUAAUAUUAAUUUGGAAAGCAGGAUACUGUCAGCCCUACUACGUAAACUAAGGUUCUCAACAAAGGAAAAACCUUUUGGCGACGUUGGCGCGCCAGAGCACUGGCCUAAAAAAAAAAUCACGUCAUUAUUCAAUGUGGAAUAGAAUGACACUCCAUUUAUAAUUGACAAAUAAUUCUAGUCAAGGUAGGUACACGUCAGUGUAUCAUAAUAAUAUAAUACCCGCGACAAACAAAAUUUGAUU